AGAAACUCAGGAGAAACGCGUGAAACUCGGAUUCAUGACAGACGGAUGAAGACGGGGAAGAUGGAGAGACCUGUGUUAACCGGAGAGAAGAUAUCAAGUCCUCCUCUGAAGGGGUCAAAGGUUAACCCAUAGAGAGCCAUACAAACACCAUCAGGAGGAUGUUUGGCCUUUUUUUUGAAGCAACAUGGAGACGGCGGCUUCGUCUCCAUCAAGUCAUCGUUUUUUUCCUGGCAGCAGCAGCCGCUCCUCCCACAGUGGACGGAUAUUACCUCGGAGACGUUAAGGCAGUAUUAAAUGGCUGUGAAGACCACUGGGCUCUGCGGGACAGGAUCUCCAUUCCACGCCUUUCCCAGAUGACUGUAUGUGUGAAUAUUCGCGUGGUUGUCCCUGGACCCUGGGUGGCCUUUUCUUACAGCUCAGUCCGGACACUAAACCCCAAUUUAGGCCUUGAAGGGGACGACAAAGCAAUCUAUGGAUGGUUACUCCAAGUGCAGCACCGAUUUCCGUUCAAGAUGUCCCCAAUGGUGUGGCACAGGGUGUGUCUAAGGAGGGACGUUCAGAGGAAUAUCUUCAGCCUGGAGGUUGAUCACAACAUGGUGGCAGAGAGGACGGUCAUUGCUCAGGCCAUCCCUACGUCUGGCUCCCUGUGGCUGGGCUGCCAUCAGAGAAACCCUUCCCCAGGAGGUGCCGUGGGAAAGGUGGAGCUGUACCUUUUCCGCAUGUGGGCAGACCUGGGUGAACACAGGUCCUGCGAGGACGGGACUGAGAUCGGCUGGGAUGCGAACUACUGGGAUGUUACCAGUCCCAAAGCCAAAGAAACGGACCAUUCGCUUCCAUGUGACCACAAGAGAGUGAGACGAGAAGCAGGCUUUACCAAAGCUAGUGGUGUGACCUCAGUCAUUGGAGCUGAAAGCAGUCGAGUGUUUCCUGCAGAGACCAGUUCCUCAGACAUUACGUCUCCAACAGCGGUGACAAUGACAACACCUGACAAAAGUUCAGCCAAUCAGGUUGCACUAAGCACCAGCGUUCAUCCAAUCACAGCUCUGCCUGCAAAACGAAACACAGCUGCAGGAUUAUUCACAUCAGGAACUCAAGUCACCUGUGACAUCAGUCAAUUAUGUUCCAACAAAAGUGCUUACUACUGGAUACCCAUGAGUGUGAAAGCUGAACAAAGCAAUGAAACAGAACAAGACCUCCGUAAUCUGGUGUCAAAAGCGUUUGACUGUAGCAGCACCAGCAAUGAGGCAGGAUUCAGCAACUUCUGUCAAGCUAACGGACAACUUCAGGUUGUGGAAGUGACAUGCAGAGCAAAAACUGCUGCCACUGAAAGCCAGAGGGUGUGCAACGUGCUGCUGUUCCUCAGCCAUGCCAUGUCAGCAUGCGACCUGCAGCAUGCUGGGAACGCCGCGCUGCAGCGCGGCAGAGGAUCGCUGCGGGCAAACAUCACAGGGAAUGUGGAGAGAGUCGGAAGAACGCUCUGUGAGGACGGGCUGCCCUCUAGUGGGGACUUUGUGCGCUGCACAUCCACGUUUUCUUUAGAUGAAAUCUGCCGGUUGAACAGGACCACUAAUGUCACAUGUUCUGUCUUAGAGACAAACUCGGUGGCGGCUCCACAACAAACGCCAAACUCCUGCAGCGGGACGGCGCCUCGCUUCUGCAACUGCUCUGCUUUCUGUGAAACUGAAAGCCAGCUUUAUGCUAUAAAAAUCAAUAUUACCAGUAAUAUGACAGUUAUCCUCCUCAAACGCUUGUUAUUAAAAUCUAAAAUCCUCCCAGUGUGCAUCCAAAACUUACAGGGGGUCAACUGUUCAGACAUCAUAACAAAACACACGGGCACUCAUCUGGAAUGUUACGGGGAAAUGAAUCAGAGGUUCUACAGCUGCAUGGUGGUGCUGGAAAUGUCCGGACCCGUCAACAGCUGCUCCCUCAGUAAACUUGUGCAACUCCUUAUUGAAAAGGAAGAGUUCAUAACGACCGACGGCUCACUUUCUCGAAUGAUGGUGUGUGGCGGCCCUCCAGAUUUGUCUGGUCGCGCCCUGUUGGCGUCCAACCUGACCUGGAGUAAAGCUGAUUUGUUCCCCUUGGAUGUUUGUCAGCCUGGCUCCACUCUAAUAAAAUGUGAAUCUAAUGAGACACUUGCUGUUCUCCUGGCGGACAGCUGCCCUCCAGAUCCUCAAACAACAAGCACAACUCAGACCACCACUCAGUCUAACAGCCUGACUUCACCAACUUCUGUGACCCACACAAUAGCAAACGCUGAGCAAAAACAGCUGACAUGGUCUCCAAACACAAGUUUCACUCCACCAAUCAACUCAACAUUGCACAGCUUAAUGUCAAGUGCAGAAUCUCCUAAGAAUGCCACAGUCGACCCCAUAAUAACAACCAAUCAAACGGUGUUUACUACUGCUAGUUUGAGUGAGACAAAAAUCGACAAUGUAGCUGCAACUGGACCAAUUUACAAUCAGACAACAGCAACUACAGCAAGCCUCCUUACAUCCAUCAAAACUACAAAUGAGCCGACCCCCAGUUACACAACUGUACCUUCGAUCACUGUCCUCACUUCCAAUGACACAAAAACUUAUGGUACAACAACAUCCACUAAAACUACAACUGAACCGCCCGCCAGUUCUGCACCUUCAACUGGUGUCCUACCAUCCAGUGAAACAAAAACUCACAACACAUUUACUGUUACACCCUCCACCAGUCCCUUUGCAUUGUCCAAUGUACCUACACCAAAUGUCUUUACUAACAGUGGAGCAACAAACAAUAAUGAAAUUACAGCAAACAAUAAAAGUACCAAAAGCAACAUCGUAGAAAAUACAACAAGUAAUACCAGUCCUCCGUCUUUUACAAACAUACAAAAUGUAACAUCUCCAACCCAUACUCCAGUAAAACUGGAGAAUGUAACAACAAACACAAACAAUCUUUUAACAGCUGCUGUUUCAAAUUACACAAAGUCACAUAUAACACCCAGCACCUAUGAUCAAACAACUGCCUACAAUGCUACAACGCCCGACAGGACGGGAGAUUAUGUAGCAACUCCUAGCAACAAUAGCACUCUAACUCACAGUAAUACAACACCCAGCAACAAAUACACAACAUCAAACAAUGUAAAAACACCAACCAACAACAGACAUACAACUGCUUACAAUGCAACAGUCACUUACGAAAACACAGCUAUCCCUAUUACUACAAUACCAAGCAACAAUUACACAGUAGUCGACAAAGCUGCAACACAUCCUGAGAAUCACACAAAUGUGUACAAUACUACAGCACCUGGCAAGCAGUACACAACAGUCUAUGGUACAACACCAAGUAACAAUCACACAACCUACAAUCCUCCAACACCUAGCAAUGAAAACACAGCAGCCUACAGUACCACGAACCACAACAACAGUAUCAAAACAACAAUCCAGAAUGCUGUAACAUCCAGGGAGAAUGAUACAACAGUCAACAAUAUUACCCAACCCAGCAACAGCCACACAAUAGGGUAUAAUGCAACAGCACACAGGAACAGCACCACAAUAGAGUCCAAUGCCACAAACCACAACAACAUUCAGACAACCCACAAUGCUACAACACUCAGUAACAAUUACACAGCAACCUACAAUCCAACAACACCAAGGACCAAUAGCACAGUCAAUGAUAACACUAUAAAACCCAGCAAAAAUCACACAACAUUCUACACUCCUACAACACUAAAUGACAGCACAGCCAUCUAUAACACUGUAACACCAAGCAACAAUCACACAACGCUCUACAAUAUUUUAGCAUCCAGCAAGAGUCACACAACAACCAACAACAACCAAACACUUUAUAAUGCAACCACACUCAGCAACAUCUACACAACAGAGCUCAAGCCCACAAACCCUUACAACAUUCAGACAACAACCCAAAAUCCUACAUCUAUAGACAACAGCACUAUAACAUCCAGCAACAGUCACACAACUGAAAACAUCAACCACACAACACACUCUAAUGCAACAACACCAGGCAACAGCGACACAGCAGAGUUCACUGCCACAAAACACAACAAUCAGACAACAAUGCAGAAUGCUACAACACCAACCAACCAUUACACAACACUCACUGACAAUCAAACUGUAGAUAAGUCCACAAUACUCUAUGCCACUAUAAAACCCAACAAUUACACAACAAUCGAUAAUCCUACAACACCCAGCAACAAUAACACAGCACUCUACAAUGCUACAACACUCACUGACAAACAAACAACUUUAUACAAUCCUACAACACCCAGCACCAACCUCUUAACACCCAGCAACAGUAACACAGAACUUUAUAACGCUACAACAUCCAGCAACAACCAUAUGACAUUCUACAAAACUACAACACUCACAGACAAUCAAACAAUUGUUUACAAUGCCACAACACCCAGCAACAUUCCCAAAACACCAAACAACAGUAACACAUUCUAUAAUGCUACAACAAUCACAAACAAUCUAGCAACAGUCAACAAUGUAACAACAACCAGACACAAUCACCAAACACCAACCGGCACUACAACAGCCAGCAACAAUAACAUUAUGCUCUACAAUGGCACAACACCAAGCAACAAUCACACAACACACCCCAAUCCUACAACAGACAACCAUAACACAACACCCUCCAAUCCUACAACAGACAACCAUAACACAACACCCUCCAAUCCUACAAUGCCAAGCAACAAUCAUACAACAACAGGCAACAAUAACACAACACCCUUCAACCCCACAACAAGCAACAACAACACAAUACCCUUCAAUCAUACAACAAGCAACAAUAACACAACACCCUCCAAUCCUACAACAAGCAACAACAACACAACACCCUUCAAUCCUACAACAAGCAACAACAACACAACACCCUUCCACCCUACAACAAGCAACAAUAACACAACACCCUUCAACCCCACAACAACAAGCAACAAUCACACAACACCAUUCAGUCCUACAAUAGCAAGCAACAAUAACAUUGUGUCCUACAAUCCUACAAGCAACAAUAACACAACACCCUCCAAUCCUACAACAAGCAACAACAACACAGCACCCUUCCAUCCUACAACAACAAACAAUAACAUAGCACCCUUCAACCCCACAACAACAAGCAACAAUCACACAACACCCUCUAAUCUAACAACAAGCAACAAUCACACAACACCCUUCAAUCCUACAAUAGCAAGCAACAAUAACAUUGUGUCCUACAAUCCUACAACAAGCAACAAUAACACAACACCCUUCCGUCCUACAACAAGCAACAACACAACACCCUUCAACCCCACAACAACAAGCAGCAAUGAUACAACACCCUUCAAUCCAACAACAACAAGCAGCAAUGAUACAACACCCUUCAAUCCAACAACAAGCAGCAAUAAUACAACACCCUUCAGCCCCACAACAACAAACAACAACACAACACCCUUCAAUCCAACAACAACAAGCAGCAAUAAUACACCCUUCAAUCCAACAACAACAAGCAGCAAUAAUACAACACCCUUCAGCCCCACAACAACAAGCAACAACACAACACCCUUCAAUCCAACAACAACAAGCAGCAAUGAUACAACACCCUUCAAUCCAACAACAACAAGCAGCAAUAAUACAACACCCUUCAGCCCCACAACAACAAACAACACAACACCCUUCAAUCCAACAACAACAAGCAGCAAUGAUACAACACCCUUCAGCCCCACAACAACAAGCAACAACACAACACCCUUAAAUCCAGCAACAACAAGCAGCAAUAAUACAACACCCUUCAGCCCCACAACAACAAACAACAACACAACACCCUUCAAUCCAACAACAAGCAGCAAUAAUACAACACCCUUCAAUCCUACAACAACAAGCAACAACAACACAUCACCCUUCAGCCCCACAACAAGCAACAAUAACACAACACCCUUCCAUCCUACAACAAGCAACAAUAACACAACAUCCUCCAACCCCACAACACCAAGCAACAAUAACUCAGCACUCUAUAUUGCUACAGCAGCCAGUUACUCAAUGGAACACAAUACAACAACUAGCAACAUUCAUACAACAGGCCAAACAUCCAGCAGGAGUUACUUACCAGAAAGCAGUGCUGCAACACCCAGCAGCACCUAUGUACCAGAGCACCAAGUUACAACCAGAAACAAUCACACAACAGCCUACAAAGAUACUCAACCUAGCACCAAUUUCACAACCCUACACAAACCAAACAUGUCAACAACCAAUUACACAACAAAUCCGAACAAAGCAACCAUUGCCAGCAAUUUUACAAAUAUGUACAUUACUACGCAAAGUCAUGGUUUCACAACUGCAUCACCCGAUAAUAACACAACUGGCAAAGGUGCAGCAGUACACAACACAACUAAACAUGAUGAUUCCACAAUUUUGUACACCACAACUAAGUCUUCCAUCAAUUACACAACAGCAACAGAACCUCCUCAUAAGGCAACAACUUUCUACAACAUGACUAUUGCACCAGUUGUAGAACCACAACAAAACACAACCUCUGCCAAAAGCACAACAGUUGUAGCAGCUACGGCAAAAGUUACUACACAUCCACACUUAACUACAGAAAGUAGGACUUCAGUUCCUGACAACACAAAACCAACAGAAGCUUCUUUUAUCAACCGGACUGAAAACCAGACCACAGUCAGUGUGACUCACUUGACAACUGUACACAAAAAUGACAGCAGCUCCACCGCUGUUGUCAGCACUAUUCAAGAGAAUAAACCAUUAAGUUACAACUCAGCGACUCCCGUCAUUGCUGCCACUGCAUCUACAACGACGACCGCGCCAACAAGUACAAGCUCAACUACAGCUAAGAAAACAACUCUCCCAACCACCAGAAUGACAACAACCACAGUGGCCAGGCUGGGAACUACUUUGACAACCACUGUGAUUUCCAAUACAAGUGCAAAAAGUAAUGAGGAACAGGCAAAUGAGUUGUUGAAGAAAACAGAUGUGUCAAAGCUAAACUCUUCUCAGGUGUCUGAAUUGGUGGAUGACCUGGAUGAAAUUCUGGUCGGCCCAACUGUGUCUCAAUCAGUGGGACAAACUGUCCUUCAUGUCAUAAGCAACCUCAUAAAUUGUGACCCAGAGGUUCUGUCUGGAUCAACAAAUAGACUGAUUCAUAUGAUCGAUAAUUUGACUCUUAAGCUGGAAGUCGCAGAUGAAAUCGCCGUCUUGUCCUCAGCCUCGCUGGUUCUGGCAGUAAAGACAGUGGACUGGACCAACUUUCCUGAAAUCUCUGUUGAGUUUUCAGACACUAAUGGUGUACAGCUCCGACAUGUCAGCAGGUCCCAGGUCAAAAGGUCAGCUUCUGCUCUGGCCUCAGUGGAGUUGCCCUCCUCCAUAACAUCAGGUCUCAGUCAUGAAGAGAAGCAGCAGGCCAGCAGAGUCCAGUUCACUUUCUACAAAAAUAAUUCCCUCUUUAAGGAUUCUGGUUUAAACAACCAAACGGCUGUCAGCCCAGUUCUCGGGUCCAGUGUGGCUGAUGUGUCCAUCAGCAACCUGAAGGAGAACAUCAUGUUUACCAUCACUCACAGCAAUUUAACUCAAAAUAACGUCUCAUCGUGUGUCUUCUGGAAUUUCACAAAGAAAAACGGGUCGGGGGGCUGGGAUGAUACCGGCUGCUUCGUCGUCAACGCCACUCCUGAAUACACAACCUGCAGCUGCAACCAUCUCACCUCCUUUGCGAUACUGCUGGAUUUAUCCAGAGAGGGAAUGCGUGACCCUCAGCAGGCAAUGAUUUUGACUUUCAUCACCUACAUUGGAUGUGGAAUAUCUGCGGUUUUUCUAGCCGUCACCCUGAUAACAUAUGUGUUAUUUGAAAAACUCCUCCGCGACAUUCCAGCCAAGAUUCUGGUCCAGCUCUGCUUGUCCCUCCUGCUCCUCAACCUGGUUUUCCUGCUGGACGGCUGGCUGUCCAUCUACGAAAACGUCAACCUGUGCAUCAGCACUGCCUUUUUCCUGCACUACUUCCUGCUGUCCUCGUUCACGUGGGCGGGGCUUGAAGCUCUGCACAUGUACCUGAGCAUCGUGCGCGUGUUCACGCCCUACCUGAGUAAAUACAUGCUGAAGUUCUCCCUAAUGGGUUGGGGUAUUCCUCUCAUUGUGGUGGUCAUUAUUGUAGCAGUGGACAAAAACAACUACGGUCUGGUUCCAAAUGGAAAAUACGAAGAUGGGACGUUUGACAAGUUCUGCUGGCUGCGUAACGACGUCGCCUUUUAUGUGGGCGUGGUCGCCUACUUCCUCCUCAUUUUUGUCUUGUGUCUGGUGGUCUUCAUCGUCGUUAUGGUCCAGCUGUCCCGGAUCAAGAAACAGAACCCUCACAACCAGUCUCCCAACCGGAGCGCCAUGACCGACAUCAGAAGCAUCAUCGGCCUUGUCCUGCUGCUCGGCUUCACCUGGGGCUUCGCUCUGUUUGCCUGGGGAGAAGCCAGACUCGCCUUUUUAUACCUGUUCACAGUAUGCAACUCUCUGCUAGGUCUGUUUGUCUUCAUUUUCCACUGUGCGAUAAAGGAAAAUGUCCGCCGGAUGUGGAGGACGUUUCUGUGUUGCGGAAAUAUGCGUCUGGCUGAGAACUCAGAAUGGAGCCAGACUGCCACACAGAACAAGAUGUCAGCGGCUAUGGCUACAAAAUCAGCGAAUCAACACAGCAACCGUAGCUCCUCCUUUGGCAGCAACCUCACCAACAGCAACAGCUCUGUGUUUGUGGACAGCGGCAUAUCGGAGCGCUCCGACAGCAACGUUGUCCUCACUGAGGUUCGCAUGCGAAGCCAGUCUCUGCAAGGCGAACCCUGAUGGGAAGAGAUUAGUGACGCUGGAAGCUAAUUGUCGAUGAAGACUUUUAAGUAGAUGGAGAAAAAUAUUUCAAAGCAGAGGAAGACUGAAAAAGGCCAACUUAUACAGGAAAGCACGAUGUGUCUCUAUUUCCACAAUGAAAUUAGAUAUAUAGAUAAUUCACUCUUAAUGUUGAUGUGUAUUUUUUUUAAUAAUGCAGGAAGAACAUUAGCAGAGGUAUAGCUUGUUUAUGACUGAAAAUUCAAAGUAUUUCACUGUUAAAGCUGAGACUCAAUCGUUUCACUGCAAGUAAGUGUAAUAGGAGCCUUUUAGCAGUUUGACUGUCAUGAUGCUGCUUUGCUGUCAAUGAAUUAAAUAAUCAUAAUAAAACUGUGCCAAACUCAACUACUAACUUUGUAUCUGAAGAAUAUUGUGUAAUUUAUGUCUAAAUCUGCUGUUUAAUAGGGAAGCACCAAUGAUAGUAAGUUCUGCAUUGACUUAAAAUGUUUUUUUACAUUUUAAAUAGAAAUUAAUGUACUGAAUUAUAAUUUGGGUCAUAUGCAGAAUCAAUAAAAAUCAUAAUAAAGUGGGGAUUAAAUUCUGAUACAGGAGAAGAAACCUUUAUAAUCAAAAAGUCAAAUAAUCUAAAACUUCAACUCUCUGUUUGAUCUUUUUUGCAUCAGAGUUGCGUGGUGUUUUUUUUUUUUUUUUUUGGCUUCUUAAAUCAAACAGGCUUUAAUGGGCAGGUCAGCCGCUGCGCUCCCACCAGAACCUCCAGCCGAGCGCCUCACGCCGCCCGGCAUCGCCUGGUCUGCAGCCCAUCAGGGUUGGCAGCUGCUGCCGAUUAAAAGUUUUACAGAGCAGCGUGACCUCUGAGGAAGGACCAGCGCUGCGUGAAUAAUGGAUAGAUGCAGACGCAGAUGUUACGGUGAAGAGGAGGAAAGCAGAGAAAGUGAUUCCAAGGAAAGCAGAAGUUAUGCUUGUUUUGUUAAAUCCUCCAAAGCCCCUGCAGGUAAUAACUUUUUGAGCAUUUUCCGUUAUGAAGCACCUGUAAUUCUCCUCGCUAAUUGUUUAACACCUGUUUUCACUUGGUUAUUACCCUCACCUGUGUGUAUAAA